UUGAAGACUUGGAGAAGAGGGGGCACUGCAUGUAAAGUUUCCAGGCAGUUGCAUAAGCAAGCAAAAAGAGGGAAGAUGUGCAAAAUAAGACGAUAGCUUUCUCCUAUGUGAGAUGUUUAUGAGUUUGGGCUGGUGGCUGUUAGGCAAAAGUCUUCCACUAGUCUAAAUCACAAAAGAGAAUGACAUUCAGGAACCAGAAGUAUCCCCUCCAUGGUUAGUUCUGUUGUUUUUCCUGCUUGACAACUAAUCAAAUGGCAACUGAUGUUGAUGAAGCUUAUCAAGGAUGGUCUCAGGAGCUCUCUGAUGGAUAUGAGUCGCAUGAAAUUCCAGCAUCUCAAAUGCUUGAUCACGGUUCCAUUUCCUUUGGACGAUUUCCAAUUGAAACAUUGUCAUGGGAAAGGAGGUCAGUUUUUACUCACAACAGAUGUCAGGAGGAACUAGAGAAGUUCAAUGGUCUAGUUGCAAAAAAGAAAGCCUAUUUUGAAGAGCGUUAUAGAAGGAUUAGAGCAAGGAAAGCUGAACAGAAUCAGCAAACAGAGCUUACACUGGAUUAUAGUGGUGAUUGUAGUAUUUCUAGUCAAAGUGGAGAAGAAGAUGCAGCAGCUAUACAAUAUGAAAACAUUAGAGAUGGGAAAGACUACAGUGUUCAUUCUUCCACAGAAGAAGCUGAACCUGGAACAACCUAUGAACAAGAAAUCAGCCAUAGUGAGCCACUUCAAGAAAGAUGCUUAUGUCCAGAUUCCACACUGCCUAAUCUUACUUUGCGGAUAGAAGUUUUGGAUAGCCCUAAGCAAACUAAGAACUCUGACGAUAUGUUGCUGGUGCAACCAUUCGAGACUCCAUCACCAUUGCGUCAUACUGAUGAUUUAGAGGAGAAAUCACAGUUUAGGAGCAAUCUUGACCAUAAAGAGGCCAUGCAGAAACCACAGGACAAGGUAUUAGAUCUGAAGCCCAGAAGAGUUGCACAAGGGACAACACUAGAUACGAGCAAAUCAAACUCUCAUCAGUCACAAUCAAUUGUCAAAUCCCUGGAUUAUAAAUCAAUUUCCCACGUUAAGGACCUUGCUUCAGGUAAAAACAUCAGAGGAGAAACUAAGGUGAAUGUGGUUCAGUCAUCAAAGGGAGUAAGAACGACAUCAAAGAUGGCCAGUCAAACUCCAAUCAAGGCAACAACUUGUACGGUCAAAAGCUCUACUAGGCCUACCUCGGUCGCUUCAAGUAGACCACAUAUAGAAACACACACUAUAUUAACUACCCCAGGUCUGUUUACACUUGUAAUGGAAAGAAGAGCAAGCAAAAGAGGAAGUACAGAAAAGCUGACCUCUGGGGGCUCAAACUUGCAUGCAUCUAAGCCAAUUCACCCUAAGGAUAGUUCAAGUUCACAGGUCAUGAUGAACAAAGACGUUGCAACAAAUGGAUUGACAAAGAGAAGACCAGAAGUUAAAAGGGACAAAAAAGGAGUAAGAAGUAUUCCCUUGGCAGUUGAUAGUCGGUCUAAUAGCUUGAAGCGAACUCAGGCACUUGUUGCACCACCCAAGUCAAGGUCAGUUAACCUUCCUUCUCGGACCAAGCUUACAACUUGUGUCAGAGUUGAGACCCAGAUUCAAACAACCAAAGGAGCUAAACAAAAAGAGGGAAAUGCCAAAGACAGACAGUUUCAACAAAUCGAUGCCAAGAUAGCUCCUAUGGUAUCUAGGAAUCUGACAGCAACUAAGAAGCCACUCAUCACUCAACAGACGCAUUUGUCUCAAGGAGGGAGGCAAUCAAGGAUGGUUGAUGAUCUGCCCGUCGACGGGAGAAAGACAAGGAGAUCAGAGACACCAAAAUGGCGAUAACCUGAAUGUUUGAGAGCCACUUGAAGUAAAACAUCAUCUGUCAUGCACGCCUCCUGUUUUAGGGGGGACCUUGUAGUAGCUUAGCUAGUCUAUACAACCGUGUACAAAUAUGUAACAUAUUUGUAUCCUUGUGGAGGAUCUUGUAUUUGCACCUAAAUUCAUGUUUCCCCAAUAUAAAACUCGUUUACAGUCUCA